AUGGUUAAAACUGACUUUAAACUUCCUUUCUGUCUGACGACUAAAGAUUGGGAAUUACUAGGCAGACAGAUUUGGAUAGCUGCAAAUUCCAACGAUAAAGCAGCAAUACAUGCCAACAUAGCUUGGACUCAUAUCGUAACAAUUCUUGAAAUGCAAGAAAAAGAUUCUGAACCCCAACGAGAAAGCAGCGCAGCUUCCCUCCGUGGUCUAGGAGAGGGUGGGAGAUCGAAAUCGCCGCGGGAAACAGGGGAGGAGGGAGAUCACGAGCGGCAGCCCUGGGCAGGCAUCCCCCUUCAGCCCCCCCCAUCGCGGUCAGCACAUGGCGGAGCCGCGCCCCCGGUCCCUGAUACAGCAGGAGGCUUUGGAACUGGCCAGCCUCAGCCCCCUGCGCAGAUGGGACCCGCAGCGGCAACCCCCAGCCCGGGUUUCACCAUUGGGACAGCCCCUGCCCCCCUCCGGGCCCCUCCGCCGCGGCCGCCGCUGCAGCGAGGGGAGAAGGAGCCGCCCGCAGCCAGCUCCAGCGGGAUCCCUCCCCGCCCCCCUCCCCCUCUCCCUCCGAGAGCAGGCGAAACCAUCCCGCUGCUCCCAAGCCCCGACUUCCCUCAGCCACCACCCCUGACAUGGAAUAUAUAA